UUUCAGUUGGUGCACCAGUUGCGCUCAUUCUUGGCACAGCCAGACCUGGCCUUGGUCCCGUGUGCACUAGUUACAUCUCGACUGAAGUACUAUAACAUGCUCUGUGUGGAGCUGCCCUUGAAAACUACUCAGAAACUUAAAUUGGUGCAGAAUGCUGCUACUUAAAAUCUUGACAGGGGCAAGCACCCAAAAGACGACACUCAUCAGUAUUUUCUCCAUGGUAUUAUAAAGAGUUGAUAUAACAAUGGUACUAAUAAUGUUGGGACGCAGAUUGAACAGAGGGGAGAGCCGAGCUCAGGAAUCCCCGGUCACGAAGCGUAAAGUUUUUGAAAUGGACCCAAAGUCUUUAUCGGGCCACGAGUUCUUUGAUUUCUCUUCUGGCUCAUCCCAUGCUGAAAGCAUACUGCAAAUUUUCAAUGAAUUUCGUGACAGCCGCUUGUUCACAGAUGUAAUAAUCUGUGUUGAAGGCAGGGAAUUUCCUUGUCAUCGAGCUGUUCUUUCAGCAUGCAGCAGCUACUUCCGAGCUAUGUUUUGCAACGAUCACCGAGAAAGCAGGGAGAUGUUGGUAGAAAUCAAUGGAAUUUUUGCAGAAGCCAUGGAUUGUUUUUUACAAUAUGUAUAUACAGGCAAGGUUAAAAUCACAACAGAUAAUGUGCAAUACCUCUUUGAAACAUCAAGUCUCUUCCAGAUAAGUGUUCUGCGUGAUGCUUGCGCUAAGUUCCUGGAAGAGCAACUGGAUCCUUGCAACUGCCUAGGAAUCCAGCGUUUUGCCGAUACACAUUCACUGAAAACACUCUUUACCAAAUGCAGAAAUUUUGCACUGCAGAAUUUUGAGGAUGUGGCCCAGCAUGAAGAAUUUCUUGAACUUGGAAAAGAUGAACUCAUUGAUUAUAUUUGCAGCGAUGAACUGGUAAUUGGUAAAGAAGAAAUGGUUUUUGAAGCCGUUAUGCGCUGGGUUUAUCGGGCUGUUGAACUCAGACGCUCAGUGCUACAGGAAAUUCUCACACAUGUAAGAUUGCCCUUGUUACACCCCAACUACUUUGUUCAGACAGUGGAAGUCGACCAGUUGAUCCAAAACUCCCCUGACUGCUAUCAGCUGCUGCAUGAAGCAAGACGAUACCACGUACUUGGAAACGAAAUGAUGUCCCCAAGAACUAGGCCACGGAGGUCAACUGGCUAUUCUGAAGUGAUAGUUGUUGUUGGGGGCUGUGAAAGAGUUGGGGGAUUUAAUUUGCCCUAUACAGAAUGUUACGACCCCAUGACAGGAGAGUGGAAAUCACUGGCUAAAUUACCAGAAUUUACAAAGUCUGAGUAUGCAGUUUGUGCUUUGAGGAAUGACAUCCUCGUUUCAGGUGGAAGAAUCAACAGCCGUGAUGUGUGGAUUUAUAAUUCUCAGCUUAACAUUUGGAUCAGAGUUGCCUCUCUAAAUAAAGGGAGGUGGCGUCAUAAGAUGGCUGUUCUUCUUGGUAAAGUAUAUGUGGUUGGAGGAUACGACGGACAAAGCCGACUGAGCAGCGUAGAAUGUUAUGACUCAUUUUCCAAUCGAUGGACAGAGGUAGCAUCUCUUAAAGAAGCAGUGAGUUCUCCAGCAGUUACCAGCUGCGUGGGCAAACUGUUUGUGAUAGGUGGAGGUCCUGAUGACAACACAUGCUCUGAUAAGGUUCAGUCUUACGAUCCUGAUACUAAUUCUUGGCUACUCCGUGCAACAAUCCCCAUUGCAAAGAGAUGUAUAACAGCUGUAUCACUAAACAAUCUCAUCUAUGUUGCGGGAGGGCUCACAAAGGCAAUUUAUUGUUAUGAUCCAGUUGAAGAUUAUUGGAUGCAUGUGCAGAAUACAUUCAGUCGACAGGAAAACUGUGGCAUGUCUGUGUGUAAUGGCAAAAUCUACAUCCUUGGUGGGAGGCGAGAAAAUGGAGAAGCUACAGAUACCAUUCUUUGUUAUGAUCCUGCCACCAGCAUCAUCACAGGAGUAGCAGCAAUGCCCAGGCCAGUCUCAUACCAUGGCUGUGUGACUAUUCACAGAUACAAUGAAAAGCACUUUAAACUCUAAAAAAGAGGAGUCUGUAAAUACAAACAAGUGGCAUAUUACAAUCAGGAUUUGAAAGCUGCCUUUUCCAAAGUAUCAUCUGGAAAGAUACAAGAUUGUACUUUUUCCUUCUACAAUUUUGAAAGUGAUUCCUAUUGUAAUUGUUAAAUGUUUUCAAUAACCACAAUUCAGUCAUUUUUCCCAGAGCAAUCCUAACCCUUGAUCUGUACUGCUGGUGGGGUAAAAGAUGGGCUCCCUCUCUAGUGGGAUCAGUUGGCACCGGGCUCUGCUGCCACAGUGUCCCCCAUUGUGCCCACUGAAAGUGCAACAGAGCAACGCUAACACAGGCAGUGACUGCCAUAAGAACCCAAAAUGGGCAGGGUGGAACAGGGCAAGCAAUGGAACUGCUAAAUCCAAAGCAGAUCCAUUUCAUGGCAAGGAACCUGAUUUGGGCUUCUCGGCUACAUCAGCAAGGAGCUAGUGGAGCAAGAAUGUUGGAAACAACUAUCCCUGCUCCCCCGCCCCCCCCCCAGCCCAAAUGCAGAUGUCACAGUGAUCCUUCUGCUCUGUUCCACCCUGCUGUACCCUGGGCCCAGUUAGGAUUGCUCUGUCCUAACAUGUUCUGGUUUGAAAACUUAUAAAACUGGCACUUAUCAAUUUAUAUUAGUAAUUAUAUUAGUAAUUAGAGCAUGUUCACUUCUAUGUUAUCUGUAAAACAAAACACCUUGGAUUUUGGGUGUAUAGCAGUGCCUUUGGAAGUAUUCAUCCCUAUUUUAUAUGAAGCAUUAUCUGCAUAUUUUCAUACCUUAUUUGUGGUAAGCACUGUUAACAACAGUGUGGGCAUUAGAAUUGGAAUUCUGUCUGAAGAUCUAAAUAACUUCCAAAUAUUGCAUUGGCCUUUGGUAACACGAUAGACCCCUCAUCAGUAAGCACUAUAUGUACAGGGACAUUCAGUGAGGAAAGCACACACCAAUCACACAUGGUUAUUUGAAUAUAAUCAUGGGAUUGCUUUAAAUCUUGCUUCUACACCAAGUCUGAGAAGCUAUUGAUUCUCCCUUGAGUGUUCAGAAUUCCCACUUGAAAGCUAUCUGAGCUCAAAUCACAAGUAUCCACUAGAAAUGUUCUGUAGAACCUAUGAAGAUUUUCUCUGAUUAAGAUUAAAUUUGUGCUCAGGUUCAGUAUUGUUUACUGUUCUCAGAUAGCAAGUCAAUAGAUCUUAGGGGUAGGGAGUUCUUGAUUAUGAUAAUACCUUUAGAACCAAUAAGUUAAAAAAACCUGUUGAUUAAUACCGGUUUGUCUUAGUUUUAUUUUUUUUAAUGGAAUAGGGCAGGCAAUGCAGCUAUUCUUGAAAAUUUGGCAGAGAUCCACACCUUGUGGUAUGAAUCAUCAUCUGAGUUACAAUAUUUUACUGUAGCACUCCUUAAACAGCAUAAGUAAAUUUGUUAUACUUACUCAUGUCUCCAUGGAAGAACUCUGUUAUACCUGGUCACUGAAUUAGUAACUAAACAUGUAAUUGUCACUGCACUUAAUUUAUGCUGUAUUUUGUUAAUGAUCAGUGGCCUGUGAUAGACACAGCACAAUAAUAAUUUGCUGCAAAUGAUAAAUAACUGAUGCAGCUACACAGAACUGACAAAAUUAAUUAUGCAAACAUGUCUAAUACAAGAAAAGUCCAUUAUGUCAUAUUAAACUGUAAUUUUAAUUUGUACUUUUAUGUCAGUUUCCUGAGCCUUACUUUGACAAGUUUCCUAACUCUAAUAUAUGACAAAGUUUGUACUUAAAGUGUUUACGUUGCUCUGAAUACUAUUCUUUUUAGGACAGUGCAUAUGAUGCUUAUGUAAGCCAAUCCAUAGCCUCUCAUUUUUAUGCAUUUCCAUUUUACAUUGUCCAUCCAACGUAUACUAGCUUUAUGGGUCUGCAAGGUUUAUUGUUUCUUAAACUGACAUUUUAGUUUUAUGUAAAAAUAGAUUGUGAAGCAGUGAAUGAAACAAUGGUCCUUGCAACUACUUAAUCCGGCACAUUCCAAUGAAUGCAAUUAUUAAGCAGUAAGUCUGAGUUUUGUGGCCUUAGUAUCCCUUAUUUAACACAUCUGUUUUGUUAGGAGGUUGUUGAGCCAAUAUUUGUUUUCAAAAGAAGAUAUGGCUCAAAUGACCCACUGAGUGCUUUCUCAUAUGUUAUAUGACUGUGUUGAGUCUUCCAUGUUCUGACUAUGGAAGCAACUACAUAGUAGUAUCAUUGCCUGUGCUUCUAUCAUUGAGUAAAUUGUGCUACUACUAUUUUCUAGAUUAAGCAUCUUAUAUAGUGAAUAUUCAAUAUUAGCUGUAUGAAUGAGCAAUACUAUAUCUUAACCAAAGAUUGCAUUUUUCUGAUCAAUAUUUUUUCUUUAAAACAUAAAAAUUAAUGCAUAAAGUGUAUAUCACUUUGUAUGUUUCUAUAAAGAAAAAAAGGAUGAAGUGGAUCCUCAUGCCAUUAUUCUUUUGAAUGGGUAUACAUUUUAAAGAAGUAGUUCACAAGUGGCAGAUAUUAGACAAUUUACUGGAUGGUACCCAAUACCAAUAUUUUCAUGGCUACUCUUUUGGAGCCAACAUUAAGCUUGGCUCCCAUUGAUAUUGGGCCAUGCACAGACUAUGAUGUCUGCAUUUUUCCUUUGCUGAUUUCUUUUUACUUUGGGUAACAUCGCAAUCACUGCAACCUUAGAACUUCAAGUUUAAACACACAUAUCUGGGAAAAGGCCCCAUUUCUUUUGAAUAUACAUGUAUAGGAUUGCACUGCAAAUCAUCUGUGUAACAUCAAUUAUUUGAGACACUUUAAUGAUGCUAGUUUAAAAAAUCUGUUUGUAGUUGCAAAUAAAUCAAACUGCUUUUAGCUUUUUGAAAACGGUACUUAUGCAUCUGCUUGUAGUUUGGCAUAUGUCAGAAUAAUAUUUGCUUUAUGCAGGAAAUUAACCUUUACAAACUUUAUAUAUAGUUUAUUUUAUCCUAAUUUACUUGCAUGCUCACUCUCCCUCCUUAGAGUUUACUUAAGUGGAAUUCACAUGGAAAAAUUGAUUAAGGGGGAAACAGCUGCAUGUUUUACAGUGAUUUGCAUCCUUCAGCAUGAAUCUUUAUGGAAUAUAUUAUUUCGCUUUAACUCACCUAAGUUCACUUUUGCUGUAUACUGCGAGCUGGGUCCCUCUUUUUUGACUAUCCUCUGGUCUGUGCUUUGAUGCUGUGACAUAGCUUAGCCUCCAGGAAACCUGAUACUUUGCAUCAGUGCCUUUUUUCUGGGGAUACACAAGGGUACGCAGUACCGGCACAUUUUUUUCCUAGAAGAAAAGCACUGCUCUGCAUGUUUGUUUAGUCCCAAGCGAAAGGGGGGUGACUUCUGAUAUAAGGAAUUACAGCCUUACUAUACUAGCUGCAGACUUGAUCCUCAACCUGUGCUUACUGUGCCUUAAACCUGAUCCUGGUUGGGAUCCAGCUGUGGACACAAUAAGGCCUACCACUGCCUAAUUCUGAUUUAAACCACAUUCAUUUGUGGGAUGGGCACACAAGUCAUCUGUAAACCUCAGUAGUUUAAUUGUAUUUUUGUAGCCCCAUCAAGGCUGCAGAUUCUACCUCCUCAGUCAUGCAAUCUGGGUGCAUAUCCCAUUCCUAGGAGAAAAUACAUUUGCUUUCACUUUUUCUUUCUCAACACUGCUUGCACUAGUAUCUUGACUUUUGAUAUGCAGAAGUAAAAUACUAUGUCGGGUAUUCAACUCCAAGUAGACACAUUGUAAUUAAUGAACAUGACUAAGUUAGGUCCGUUAAUUUCAAUAGGUUUAUUCUGAGUUUGCUUAUUUGAGUAUCUUCCUAAAACUGGUGAAAAUAUUAUAAAACAAAGAAAGCAGAAUAUUUUACAUGAUGAAGCGAUCUCAGGAAUCACAUUUCAUUUUCUAAUUGAAAUAAAAUAUACAUCUAAUCCAGUGAUAACAAGUAGAAAGUUACUGAUUUAUAUCCAAGUGUCCUAAAAAAGGAAAUAUUUGUGGAAAAGAAUGAGAUUUGGCAAACCAAAAGUUCUCAUUCCUAUGAAUAAGAACCAUUGCCAGAUAACAAUAAAUAUACUGUGCUACACUUUGCUUUUGUACUCGUGAAUAACUGUACAGUCAUUGUCAGGAAAGAUGGCGAUUAAAUAUGAUCUAAUGAAGCUCUGUUUUUUAAAAAAAUGCUGUACAUAUAUAAUGUUUGUGUUUACAGUUCCUUCUGAAUUGCACGUAUAAAGUUGUGCCUGCUUUGUAAAUACACUCAGCUUUUUAUGGUUGUGAAGCACCAUCCCAGAUAUACAUUGGAUUUCAUCUUGAAGUUGUUGGUUUUGGGUUGUUGUUUUUUUACCAUUUUAGAGGUCUUUUUUAGUUGAUUAAAGUUUAUACAGACAAUUAUCAGUAAAUAGUGAACACAUAUAGUUAAAAUUGCAAUAUAUAUUUGGGCAAUAAUGCUUUUUUAAAGAUGAGCAAUUUAUUUACUUGACAAAAUAUAUUUACAGUGCAAGCCUAUAAGUAUCUACGCAGAAGUAGGUCACUGAGUUCAAUGGGGCUUACUCCUAGCUAAGCAGGUAUAGGAUUGCAGCCUUAGGUGUAGCUAUAGCCCAUUGUGAGAAAACAGUUGCUGAACAUAUAACAUAGAAUCAUAUAUCUUGCAAAAGAUACCUGUUCAGCAACAUUUCCUGGACCCUUGUAAACAAACUUACUUCAAGAGCAAUUCAAAAACUGACUUGUUAAAGCAUAGAAAAUGUUACCUGCACGCAAAAUGAAGAUACCUGUUUGCAUUUGGUGAGCUCAAUAAAUAUUCACAGUGGUUUCAAAAAGUGAAAUGUAUUCAUAUUUGGUCACUGAGUUGUGCUUGCUGCAAUUUUUUUUUAUCUUUCCCAAGAUUGUAUAUUAACAUUGCCAGUUGCAUGAAAGAAGUAGUGAAGGAAUGGGUGUUAACAAUUUUGAUACUGAAAUGAAACAUUUGUUAAGGAUUUCGUUUUGAAAGAAGUGAGUUUUCUACCUGUACUUCCAUUUCUCUAAAACUAGCAGUCUGGGAAAUAACUUUGAUUUUAUUAUUGCAAUCUAAUUCUUAGAAAAACGGCAUUGUUUCAAUCUGCUUCUUUAAAAAUAUUGCACCCAAAAUUUGAGAUGAGUGCCUUCUAGACUUGCCUCCUUGGCAAGUCUAGUACAUUCUGUUUAACAUAAUACCCUGUACACCGCAGGAAGGCAGAAUCCAGACUUGUGAGAUGUACUGUACUUUACUAGACCAUCAAGAUCCUUGAUACAAGAUACAGUACAAGAUACAGUAAUAGUUUGGAAUGGGGAUAGUUUGAGAGAUGUACACCUAGAAUUAAGGAACAGGGCAUCUUAAACACAUGCUCAGCCCCAUAAUUUAUUCUCAGUACUGAACUCACUGUUUUUU